CCGUCCCAGCUGAGCGUUUUACUUGGAUCGUGACGUCACGGCUGCGCAGCGGUGGUGGCGACUACAGGACAGGUCCGGGCACUGUUGAAAAUAAACAAUAAGACGCGCCGGCGGCGGGAACGGGAUCCUUGUGGAGACCCUUUUUAACUCAUUCCUGUACUUGCCUAUCCGAGUAGGCCAAAAGAAGAAGAGGCCGAAGCGCGACUGAACACUGGUUACUUUUAUUUAUUUGACUUAGGCUCGUCUCCCAGGUGGAGGGCAGCUGCAACAAAGGAGGGCAAUGGAGAACGCUUUCACCCUGCGGGUGAGCGUCUCCUCAGACCAAGGGGGCAGGAAGUACAUGGAAGAUGUCACCCAGGUGCUGGUGGAGCCUGAGCCGAGGGAGGACGAGAUUGCCUGGCUGGAAGAGGGAGACCAAGAAGGGGGACCCCGAAGUCCGGCGAACGGUCGGUGUAGCCUGGGAAGGAGCUGCAAGAAUGUCCGGGGAAACUCACCGGCAAGUGGGAAGAGCCCGGCCAGGGGCAAGCAGUCGGUGGCCUUCUUCGCUGUUUACGACGGGCACGGGGGGCGGGAAGCCGCUCAUUUUGCCCGGGAUCACUUGUGGGGCUUUAUCCGAAAGCAGAAGGGCUUCAUGUCCCUAGAUCCGGAGGAAGUGUGUGCCGCCAUCCGCAAGGGCUUCGUGGCUUGUCACCAUGCUAUGUGGAAGAAGCUCCCUGAAUGGCCCAAGACCAUGACUGGCCUCCCCAGCACCUCGGGUACUACAGCCAGCGUUGUAAUCAUCCGUGGCAACAAGAUGUACGUGGCCCAUGUGGGAGACUCUGGUGUGGUCCUUGGGUUCCAGAAUAACCCAAAAGAGGACUUGAAGGCCGUGGAAGUUACGCAAGACCACAAACCGGAACUGCCCAAGGAGAGAGCGAGGAUUGAGGGACUUGGUGGCAGUGUGAUUAACAAAUCCGGUGUAAACCGAGUGGUAUGGAAAAGGCCUCGCUUGACGCACAACGGUCCUGUGCGGAGAAGCACAGUUAUUGACCAAAUUCCCUUCUUGGCAGUGGCUCGUGCUCUUGGUGACCUGUGGAGCUAUGACUUCUAUAGUGGUGAGUUUGUGGUGUCCCCUGAGCCAGAUACAAGCGUGCAUACAAUUGAUCCGCAUAAGCACAAAUUGGUCAUCAUCGGCAGCGACGGACUCUGGAACAUGGUGUCUGCGCAUGAUGCGGUGGCCAUGUGCCAGGAGCAGGAGAAAUCGUGCACCACCGGGGAGUACGGACAACCCUGUGCCAGAAUGCUUGUAAGCCGAGCACUGUCUCAGUGGCGACAGCGCAUACUGCGUGCAGACAACACCAGCGCCAUUGUGAUUAGCAUCUCUCCGCUGUCCGAAAAACAGAAGUGCUGUGCCAACGAGGACGUGUUCUUGAACUUACAAGAGAGCCCGGUCUACAACAGCCACGACACGUAUUUAACAUCUUUGUCGCCGUGCUCCACUCCACCCAUCAAGUUUCUGGAGGAGGAUCCUUGGUGGAGGCUAACGUUCUCGGAACCGCUCCCGUCACUCAUACGAAGGAAUGCUUUUUCUGAGAGCUAUCUCACAUGGGGCAGUGAAUCGGGAAAAUCUAAAGCCGUGGCGACCACUUCUUCCUCGCUGUUAGGGGAUUCUGGGAACUCUGAAGAGAACAGCACCCAGUGUUUCCUAGACUCCCCGUCUGCCUGUCUCUUUCCAGAGAAGUCUGCUGCUUCCACCACUGAUGCAAAAGCAGUAAAAACUCCAAGCACCAGCCAGAAUGAGAAAGUGGCUUCCUUGAAACGGACACUGGAGGAAUCCAACAGUGGACCUGCUAUGAAGAAACCUAGGAGGAACUUACCCAGGAAUGGGGUGGUGCAGGCAGAGAGCCCUACUGUCACCCCAAGACGUAAGAGUGUGGACAGGGUCAUUAUGAGACGCAGCCUCAGAGGGCAGAAGAAGCUUGGACAUCCUUUAUUACAGCCACAUAGAAAAACAAUAUGCGUCUGUUAGGUGCAAAUCUGGUGUUGUGUUACCAAUUUGUGUAAAACUUAGUGUCCGACUGACUUGUGUAAUGGACCGGUUUUAUUUCUCCCUCACUUGGAUGCAGUCUCUAUUUUCAGUUUGGUUUCUUUGAUUUUUCUUUUCAGCGGCACUUUUUACACAGUAAUAUAACUUAUUCUGUUCAGUACAUUUUAUUAACAAAAUCCUACAACUGCUACCAAAUGACAAGAAAUGGGUUGUAAGCUUGUGUUUAUUGGUAUUUAACGUAAGACCAUUUGGGGACCACCAACCUGGUAUUUUAUAUUCACAUGUACAUACGUGGCAUUUGGAGUUGGACUUUUCCACGCCCAUUGUUAGGUUGUAGUAGAAUAGAUUUGCACAGCUAGUUUAUUUUAAUCUAAAAUGCUUAGAAGGCCUGGUGCAGCGUGAACAUAAUUUAGUGUUGUUAGCCUUGCAAGUAAGAUAAAUUACGGUCUGCGACUAACCGUCUCUUAAUUCAGGAUGGAUUUCGUUACCCCAAAUACAGUCAAAUCCGUCUUUGGUCUCACAAUCUUUAUUUGUAAUCUGUCUAGGGAGAGCGGAGGUAGACACUCUGCUUAAAGAAAUCCUAUUGUGUUAUCUACUUUUCCCUAAAUUGAGGGCUAUCCCAAGUUGGAAUCAAAGUAAGAAACGGAAAAUCUAAUUCAUCCUCCAAAACAAAAUCUUAUAUUAAUAUAUAAAACGUAUCACGAUUGAGUAACAACAUUGGAGUUUUGAAUAAAAUAAAGGUUUGAAGGCUAUGUUUUUAAAGCACACCAGUAGUAGUGCUGGAAGUAGUGCCCA